GCGUGUGGGCGGAGCCACCUCCCGCCUCGGCCCGCGCCGCGCAGUGAGCGUCCGGGCCCGGCCUCGCUCGCACGCAGCGCUGCGCGAUGGCUCCCGCCGCCGACAGGGCCGGCUACUGGGGCGCGCCCACCUCCACCCUGGAGUGGUGCGAGGAGAACUACGCCGUGUCCUACUACAUCGCCGAGUUCUGGAACACAGUGAGUAACCUGAUUUUCAUUCUACCUCCAAUAUAUGGUGCGAUUCAGACCUAUAAAGAUGGCCUUGAAAAACGAUAUUUAGCUGCAUUUUUUUGUCUCACAGCUGUUGGAUUGGGAUCCUGGUGCUUCCACAUGACCCUGAAGUAUGAAAUGCAGCUGUUGGAUGAGCUGCCAAUGAUAUACAGUUGUUGUGUGUUUGUCUACUGCCUGUACGAAUGUUUCAAGCACAAGAACAGUGUCAAUUAUCCUCUGCUUUUUGUAUUAAUAACUUUCAGUGUCAUAGUCAGCAUAAUUUACCUAAAUUUGAAAGAGCCUGUAUUUCAUCAGAUUGUGUAUGGAGCACUGGUUUCUAUUAUUGUACUUCGGUCUGUAUAUAUUGUAUUGUGGGUAUACCCAUGGCUUAGGGGUCUGGGCUAUACGUCCUUAAGUGUAUUUUUAAUGGGAUUUUUUUGGAAUGUAGACAACAUUUUCUGUGAUAAAUUGAGGGGAUUACGAGAGAAGAUGCCUCCUGUCGUGGGAGCCGUGACACAGUUUCAUGCUUGGUGGCACAUUUUUACGGGCCUUGGCUCUUACCUUCAUAUCCUACUAAGCUUAUACACAAGGACACUUUUCCUGAAGUACAGGCCAAAGGUGAAGUUUGUUUUUGGAAUAUGGCCUAUUCUCCUUGUGGAACCCCCCAAGAAGCAGUGACUGUGAGAGAUCCAACCAACCAAGUGUGACCACUGGCUGAAUAAAGAAAUUCCACAGCUGUUGACACUGAUGUGGCAAAAUUAUGCAUCAGCUCAAGGGCUGUGUAGCAGGAAAUAGACUUCUCUGUAUUACUGGUAUUGCCAGGCACAACACAGAGUGAAGAGUCGGCGCAUUAUGGGAAUAAUGUUUAGAACUGUUUUAUUGUUAAGGUGUUAAAACAAAAUUAAGACACAAUAUUUUUUGUGUAUAUGUUGUAUAGCUGAAGAUACUGGGCUAAUAUUUUGUGCUGGUCACAGAAACCUUACCAUUUUUUGAAAUGGGUUGCAUAUGUUUUCAUUCAGUUGUCCAUCUGGUCUGUGGCUAAACUAAUAUUAGUAACUGAAUUAUGAAAAUGGUAGGCCAAGUGAUGGCCAAUCUAAGCAUCCAGGGGGCCUGUCGUGAAUUGAAUCCUUCUGAACUAAUUCAAUCUUGCACCUUUAUACAGUUUAGUUAGGUAUGUAAUGAUUUAGGGCUCUCUUUUACCAUGCUUAUAUGUUGCUAUUUGCAGUAAGUCAAGGGAGUGGUACGCGUAGAGAAAUUGUAUUAAAUUAGGUCAGGCUUCCAUUUUCUUUUGAGGAUGCAGGACGCAUCGGGAGUGUUUUCCAGCAGUGCCGGGGAUAGGGUGCACCAAUGAAUGGCUCAAGGGCCCUUUAAAAAGGGGUUUAGACUCACUUAAACAUUCGUGGUAUGAAUGUGAGGAAACUUGACAACUGUCCCAAGUCCUUCUAACUUGUGUGAGAAUCCAGGAGGCCAUUUCUGGUCAUUCUGAAUAUCCCUAGCAAGUACUGAACACCCUUUACUAACCCUGCUUUCAUUUUGCAAAUCAUUCAUGCUCACAGAUUCACAGCCACUUAAUUUAAAUGCUUAUUUAUAUCCGUGUUGGUCUAGCUUUAAAUUCUCUUCCUCCCCCCCAUAUUUUACAAUCUUACAAAUAUUCACCGGAUUUUCAGAGGUGCUAAGUAUCCUUCACUCCCACUGACUUCAGUGGGAGUGAAGGGUGCUCAGUACUUAAGAAAAUCAGGCCUUUUUUUUGGUCUCGUCAGCAUAAUCGACAGCACUCUGAGGCCAUGUCUACACUAGAGACCUUACAGCAGUACAGCUGUACCGAUGCAGCUGCACCACUGUAAGGUCUCCUGUGCCGCCACUCUAUGGCAACGGGAGAGAGCGCUCUGGUCAACAUAAUUAAACCACCCCCCACGAGCGGCACUAGCUGUGGACAUAGGCGCCGACUUCAUGGGUGCUGCAGCGCUGGAGCAUCCACGGAAAAAACGGGCAGCCAGCUCUUCCCACCCCGCUGCCAGCAACCCCACUGAUCAACUUCUCCCCCUCCUUCCCAGUGCCUCCUGCCCGCCAGCUGUUGUGUGGCAUGCAGGAGGCCCUGGGAGAGAGGGGGAGGAGCGGGAGUGGAGCCAAGGCACCUAUAAAGCUGCUUCAAAGUUCUGCAAAGUCUUGGCCAUGUAACUUUGUUUUGUUUUACUUCUUCAAAGAUAAGACUAUAUCCUGUAAUGCACAAUCGAUACUAAUCAAAAUUAUCUUUUCCUUUGAAUGUGUUUCUCUCAGUCUGCCAUUUACCUACACACUUUAGAGGCGUUUUAUAGUACCAUGAUCAGUAUGUAAAUCUUUAAAUGGUGGUUUGACUAGCAGUUGACAGCUAGCUUGCAGUCUGUGUAAACAUUAUCUGAUAGAUCUGCAACUAGUCAGGAACCCAUCUCUAUUCAGGAAGGGUGUUUAGUCCUGUUGAAGUCAAUGGGAAUUAAGCAUGGUCUUUCCUGAAUUGGGCGCCUUAAUUAUCUGGAAAAAAUAGUUUCUGAGAAGAGCUUUGCAGUCGGUUUCAAAAACACAACUAAAGAGGGUGCCUGUUCUCCCCCACCAAAUGCCCCAAAGCAAGCCUGUGCCCUACCCUUGAGGAGCUGGACUUUUGGAUCAUUUUAGUCACCUCUGCCACAAAUGGGAGUCAAGCACAUGCUUUGCUGAAUUAGGGCCAGAAGCACCAUCCCAUUGCAGCAGUUCUGCUUUAUAUCUGCAGUGUGCAGAACAUAUCAGCAGUCACUGAUGGCCUCCUGGUUACUUAAUUUUUUUUUUUAACUUUUUUUUUCUAGUGGCCUUAUUUUUCUUGUUGCAGAGUCUUGGGGGGUUAUGUAUUUUCAGGAUUUAUCUGUGUAUGUGCAGUCACUGCCAUGUGCUAAAAGCCAAUUUCCCGAUGAAGAGUGUCUCUGUGCUUGUGUAAGAUGUUCAAAAAUCUUGCUCACCAGCCUACGUGCUGGUGAGAAGCAAGAUAGCACAUUCCUUUUCGGAUCAUGUAAAAUUCAUUUGUCGGGAUGUCAAAUAAGUGUUAACAUGUCUUGUCAGUUUGCUUCUGUUUGAUUUUUUUGCUCAAAAGUAAAAACAGUUCUGGGGUUUCUAUUUUUAGCUUAACGUUUUGCAAGGUGGCUUAUUCUUUCACUUUAAAUAGCCAAAACACACACUUUUCCCCAAGAGCCUCUCUUCAAGACAUUGCCACUACAUAAAGAAUGUAAUUGAGAUGUGUAAGCCUCUAACUACAAAUAGUCAUCUAAAGUGAUGGAUGUGUUGGGAAGCACUACCUUACAAAUUGUAAGUCCUAUUGAAAAUGUCAGGACAGAAUAAACUUUAUAUUCUUAUUUCAAACAUGACACCUAGACGGCCUUGUUCAGUUGCUUGAAAAAUAGAUGUACCAAACUACCAUAUAAAGAACAUGCUUGUAUCUGUUACAUUGCUCCUUGUUUAUAUUCCUUGUAUGACCAAGCAGAUCAAAGAGGUAUUUAUUUUCUGAAACCUGGUGUACACCUAAAACUUAGCUACGUCGCACAGGGGUGUGAAAAAUUAUCACCCUGAGAGAUGUAGUUAAGCCAACCUAAGCCCCAGUAUAGACACCACUAAAUUGACCUAGCUACUUUCUCUCAAAGGGGUGGUGGAUUUACUGCAGUGAUGGAAAAACCUCUUCUGUCGCUGUAGCAUCUACACUAUGGCACUACAGCGGCACAGCUGCAGUGCUGUACUUGUGUCGCUGUAGCGCCUGAAGAGUAGACCCAUCCAUAAGAGCAGCAGAUCUCAAACUUUUAGAGUGGGCUACAGCUGACAAGACAGUGCCACAUGGACCAUCUUCCCUUCCCAUUUGUGAGCUCACUACAUCUCUGUGGCUGUUACAUCCAUGGAAAAGUAACAUUCGCAAAGUAGCAAGUGUAUUUUGAUGCAGUUUAAAGGUUGGAAACUUUAACUCUGUGGCCUGUGUCAUGCAAGAGGUCAGACUAGAUGAUCAUACUGGUCACUUCUGGCUUUAAAAAGAUCUAUGAAAAACCAGGAGGGCCUUUACCAUGUGACCAAUCAAUUCCCCAGUGGACCAUCAGCAAGCGUUUCUCAGAUCACAGUCUGAGAUCCUCAGCUUUAGCGACAACAUUAGGACAUUUAACCUUCUCUGACAAUAAAAAUAACACCACGCUUUCACCCAGACAUCAGGAGUCAGGAUUUUUCAGAUGCAGCUCAACAAUGAAAAGUGCUUUUGCAACAAGUAUAGGAUGUGGAAGAUUCAGACCUACCAGCAAGGAGGAAUCUCACCUACAUCUUACUUGAAAGCAGAAAUUCAAGCUAGCUAACAGUAUUAGUUAUCUCCAGAACUCUUCCUUGUGGGAGAGAAAAUGUUGUUUCUUCUUCCAGUUCUAACACCAGGAGAUGCACGGCCAGCAAGUGUUUAGAACAAACUGAUCAUUUUAAAAGCACCGUCGAAUUAGAAUUUGGAAUAUGCAAUAGAAUUAUCACUUGCACAUCUACCUCUAUCAUGUAUAUUGCACACUAUCAGUGCCCUUAAUUUAAGGAUGCAGCGAUAAAGACAAGUAGACUAACUCAGACCUCGCAACACUAGCAGGAUUGCAAAGUAUUAAACUAAUCUAUGGCUGAAUAUAUUAGCUCUAGGUAAGUGGACUUGUUAGAUACCUGUCAGAGGCUUUCUGGUUAUAUACUUGAUCCUAUUCAUCUGCACUCAAAUUUGACUGACUUUUUUAGUGGGUGUUAUGAACAGAAAGAUCCCAGGUUCAAGGCCUUAAUUCUAGAUAUCUGAAUUUAAACCUGCUUGCCAACGUAUCUCUGCAUUUACGUAACCUUUAGGUGGCUUAACAUAUACUAAUGUAUUCAUUCCUUGGCAGGAGUUAAGUUAAAGGAAAAGUUCAAAGCUACUUGAUUUUUUUUUUUAUUUGAAUUUGAUUGCUUACAACAUCUAGUUCCUAACAGCUGGUCACAUUUAUCAGACAUAAAAUUAGAAGUGGGGAGGCUAAUGCUACCAGCCAAGAGUCUCAAAACUACGAGCCUAAACCUAGGCUUCUAACUCCAUUUUUAGGCACCUUAACAAGUGGCUUAACUUUCAAACACGCUAGGCACCCCAGCGGUUUCCAUUACCCUCAGUGUUUUUGACGUCUACCUACCUUGUUUACUGUGGAUUCAGCAAUUGGGCAGCAAUCACUAUCAUUUAUUAAAUGCAUUUUAUCCGUUAGUAAUUUAAAAUCAAUGUAUAUCGUAUUUUUGGCAUCUGAUGGCAGAAGAUGAAUGGUCAGGAGGAACACUUCAUACUGGAAGAAUUUUUUUUUUUUCUGAAAUCAUAGUGAUUGCUCAGGAAGUGACUAAGUCCGGGCAGUCUUUUCUUCAACAGCUCGGUGGUUCUGAGAGUCCAACCUUCUUUAUUUUGCAAACAUUAAGGCCUGAUCUUACAAUUGACAAUACGCAGAUGAAGCAAUCCCUUGAUUGUAGUGGGGCUGCACCUGCGUUGUGUAAAUUGCAGGACUGGGGUUUAAAUGCACAGUUUGGUUAACACUCCAAAAGCAGUAUAGCUGUAGAAGAAAAAUUCUAACUGGAGAAACAUUUACUGAUGGGAAGGCAGGAGAACAUAGUAAAUCUUAACUGGAGUCAAUGAGAGUAUAAACAGAGAAUCCCGUAGCAUCAGUUUUAAUCACUUUUCCUGAUAACUGCACUUUAGACACCUGUGUGUAAUAGGCUUGAAUGUUUUGAAGCCUGUAUGCUUAACUUUUAAUAUUGAUUCUGAAUUAUUUGCUAUAGAGGUACUGUAGACGGAAUUUUUUAUGCAAUAUAUUGGAUAGUACAGUGUACCUUUACGUGGAUGGAAUAUAGAAUGGAUUAUUCUAUACAUGAACAAAAAUGUUUCGUGCAUGUCAGGGACGUUCUCUACUUUCUUUGCUUUUGAAAAUCCGAUAAUGUAAUGACACUGUUAAGUUUUCAAACGUUUUUUGUCACUGAGCAUGCAAAAUUACAUACAAUUAGCAGAUGCUGCUAAGUGCCUGAUUUUUCUCAGCCCCCAUGUUCUCCAAGCAUGAAAUUCUAUUGUUUUGGUUUUUGAUAGUGUGGGCAAGAUCCCAAAGGGUGGUGGGUUUUGUUACAUGAUUAUUUAGCUAUUACAAAAAAAAAAAAUCCUAUAAUGCAGAAUUCAAAUGGUGUUUUUUAGUGGACCUCCAGAAAUAUGCAAUACUGCAUUAUCCAGCCUUUUGCUGCCUUAUUACUCAACUAGCACAAUAAGCGUAAUUUCCAUCCAUCUCUUAUUAUUGUACUAUGAAUCAGUUGAGAUUUUGAAAGCCAACCAGGGGACUUAACCACACAGCCCCCAUUUAUUUCAAUGAGAGGUGUGUGGCUAAAUCACUCCUGACCCUGCUGUUUGACAGCGCCUGGGUGGACUGCUGCUCCCAUGGAGAGUCUCAUUGGCUUCUCGGGAGUUCCAGACAGGCACAAGCGUUGGCAGGCUAUCCGUUAUAGAAAUCGGGCCUAAGUUCUCUGGCUGGCUCUGACAAUCUCUGUUUUCACUUGCUGGAGCCAUUUAACUACUUUCAAUUACAAAUCUGUAAUUACAGUUUUGCAGUGGAGUAGUUCAGUCACAAACUGAACUGAGUCCAAUUUGUACAGGCCUCUAAAUCGGCACCUGCACAUUUUGUGCGCACAGAAUCCCACAACUGUUGAGCAUAAAUCAGGUAGUUGCCUAUCUUGAGAAUGCAUUGAUGAGAUUUUGCAAGUGAAAGUUAAAUGACCCUUUUGAUUAUCUGGCAUGUCAUGAAUCUGGCCCUAGUUAAACAAAGCACUUAAGACCGUUCUUAAAGUUAUGCUCAAGUCCAUCCCUCUUUUACAGAACUUUGAAGCACACGAAGUCCCGCUGAAUGUGACUUAAGGAUGUGCUUAAAUGCUUCGCUGAAUUGAGGCCUCAGUCACUGUCUUGCAACAGAAUUUUACUCCAGUGUUUGACCAUGCACAGUAUUGCUCUGGGGGCAGAGGGAAGGGAGAUUCUAGGAGCAUAAGCAACAGUUACUUUGUAGAGUGAUUUUGGUUACUGCUUGUCUCAUGUUCUGUCAAAUUGAUGUUGACUCUGUUGAACCCAGUUUAAUGCACUGAUAAUGCAUCGUUUACUGUUUAGAAGAUAACCUGUCUAUGGACAUGGAAUAGCCAAUGUGUUAUGUGACCAAACUUUCUAACAUCAACACUAUUUGUUUUAGCGUAAUCUUUGUUUUCCAAUUCAAGAUAUUGUUGCAGAUGAAUUCACUGUGACAAAAAAAUAUAUAAAUAGGGGUUGACUAUAUGCAAUAGCAGUUGUACUAAGAAAUGUUUAAUAAAUAUUUUGAUAUACUGCACUCAAUCUUCAUAUGGAAACAACUGGCAACUAACCCUAGGCUUAUGUGCGUCAACCCUUUUUGUUUUGCAAAACACAUCAGCUUUGAGAUAUUUAAGUAAUAAUGUAUUUAAUCUAUUAUCCAUGCUGCAUUCAAGUACUAAUUGUCUUUAUAGUUCAAAUUAUUAAAGAAUUUUGUUUUAAAUAA